AUGAUUUUAUUUAAAAGUGUAGAGAAUUCUUGGUAUAUGAAAAAAAGAGAGAUGAGGAAGUCAAAGGCUUGCAAUCAUUAAUUAUUGGAUGAAAAAAUUGAUUUAAAUAUAUCAAAAAGGUACUAAAUAUAAUUAUCAUAAUAAAUCUAAUAACUUAUUGAUGAAUUAGAUUAUAAUUCUAAUUCCUUUAAUUAGGUCAUAGAAAAAAAUAGAAACCUAAGCAAAUUAGGCUUUGAAAGAAAAGUAGAUGAGAGAAUGAAAUAUCAGAUUGAAAAAACAUUAUUUAACCUUAAGUUAUAGGUAGCAGAUCAAAAUAUCAAAUACUUACAAUAAUAAAAUGAACAAUACAAAAUAAUUGAUUGGUAGUUUUGA